CGGAAGGCCAAAACGGAGAGAAAGAUAUGCAUAUUUGGAUAAAUAAAAUCCAUAUGACAUUUAUUUCUUCAAAUCGCAAUUCAAUUAAAUUGACUUUUUUUGUUAGCGGGAAAAGGUUGUGUUUGAAAUGCUGAAAACAACCGUUACUUGAGUGUACAGUAUGGAAAUUCAUCAGAGUCAUAGUGCAGUGUCAGCCAUGCUACAGCACCCACUGGAGCGGAGAAGGUCAAGGGCCUUGCUUAAGGGCCCAGUAGUGGAAGCUUGGCAAUGCUGGGGUUUCAACCCUUGACCUUAUUAUCAGCAACUCUGAGCUUUAACAUUUGGAAUGCUAUACUGUACAGGAUACUGAGCUGUACGGAAUGCUGAACUCGAAUUGUUGCUGAAGUGUACAGAAUGCUGAACCAUACAGGGUUUUGAAGUGUAGAGAAUGCCAACCUCGAUUUGUUACUGAAGUGCAUGGAAUGCUGAAAUGUAUGGAAUGCAGAACCCGUCACUGUAGAUUACUGAAUGCUGAUGUAAAGGUGCUUCAUAUUUGUCACAUGUACAUUACAGCACAUUGAAAUUCUUUCUUCACAUAUGCCAGCUAUGUUAGAAAGCUGGGGGCAGAGCGCAAGGCCAGCCAUGAUAAAGCCCCUGGAGCAGAGUAGGUUAAGCGCUAGAGGUCGACCGAUUAAUCGGGCUGAUUGUGCUGCAAUUUAGGCAGACUCGUCUGAGACAACGAGAUCAGAGAAAACGCUGCGGAAAGAAACUAAAGCAGACCGACACUCAAGUCAGCUUGAGAGGACUGAUUGGAAAGACGUUUAAUUAAGGCAAUUUUCUGUAUCAUUUCUUAUUAAUUAGGAAUUCGAUUUUAUGACACGAAGGGGGAAGAAAUUUGCCAUUGGCUGCACUGGUUUCUAAAUAUUGGUGGGGGGGGCCAAAAGUGGCAACUUGACGAUCCUGGGGCUUGAACCCGUGACCUCUGAUCAGUAAUCUGGAGCCUUAACCACUGAGGUACUACUUGUUCCUAAUGAAGUGUUCCACUUGAACAGAAUGCCGAAUUUUAUCGCUGAAGUGUUUGGAAUGCUGAAAUGUUAAUAUUUUACUAUUUACAUGGGGUACCGAAGGGUACAAGAUGCAGAAACUAAAUUGUUACAGAAGUAUCUAGAAUGCUGUAUACACACACUGAAACAUAUGGGAUGUAAUCCAUACACACACAAAAAAAAAGUGUACAGAUUGCAGAGGCGUUCUGGAUACCAAGGAGUACCAGUGCCCCCAGGGGAUGGUUGCGGCCAGUCAGACCUGGGUCCACAGAGUGGUCUCCUGUCCUCGAAGAACUACCCGAACGAGUACCCCAACAACUCGCUGUGCGAGUGGAAGAUCCGCGUCCACGACAGCCUCAGGAUUGUUCUGAAGUUUGAAGAUGUCUCUGUCGAGGGCGUGGACUGCGAGACAGACUAUUUGAAGGUCUUCAAAGAGAGCCAUGGGACGACUUUUGUGUAUUGGCAGUAUUGCGGUGUACCGAAGCCUCACCCCACGGCGGCCAGCCAGCCGCUUUACACAGACGCCAACGAGCUCACCGUCAGCUACCGCACCAGCCGACACUCCUCAGGCAGGGGAUUCCAGCUUUCCUACACCACCAUCAACCGCACAGAGCUGCUGACGUGCGCAGACAAAGGCAGCCAUUUCUCCCUCGUACAAUACAGGAAGUUCUGCCCGGCCGGAUGUGGAGCAGCAGCGGGUGACGUGGCCGGAGACGUUUCUCAGGGCUACAGACACACGUCAGUUCUGUGUAAAGCUGCGGUCCACGCCGGAAUCUUUCCGGACCAGUUUGGUGGAGCGAUCGCAGUAGAGGAGCAUCGCGGACUUCGCUACUACGAGUCGGUCCGAGCCAACGGCAUCCAGUCCAAAACCGGCUCUUUGUCCGAUACGCUCUUCACAUUUGUCACCAAUGACUGUUCCAGACAGAUGGUGCUUCAUCCCGUAUCAACUAGCAAGUCAUGGGACGAUUUUGAUGGCAUUCAAAGCGAUUGGUCCCGAGGCCUCGGUCACUCCGUCUCUCCGACAGGAAUCUGGGACAACGAGUCUGCCAGCAAACACUGGCUCCAGCUCGACCUGGGCGAGAAGAAGAGAAUCACAGGGAUAUUAACUAAGGGCUUAGAUUCCGGCUACUACGUGAAAAGCUACAAGAUCGUGUACAAGGAAAAGAGCCGCUGGCGCACAUACGCUCAGUACAACAGCUCCGAGGAUAUGAUCUUCGAAGGGAACGUAGACAAACUGUAUCAGAAACGCAACACUUUCCACCCGUCCUUCGCCGCACGUUACGUCCGUGUCGUCCCUCUGCAGUGGCACCAGGGGAUCGGGUUGAGCACAGAGCUCCUCGGAUGCACCUACUUUAGAGAUCCUCCAGUAGUGCUCGAAGGAGUCAACGUAACAUCCCAGGUCACCCAGGAGGUUUUGUCCAACCGACCCAAACCGGAGGAAAAGGAAAUCCCUGAACCCCUGCCUCAGUCUGAUCUAGUGAAGCUGAUCAUCAUCGUGGUGUCUGCGGUGCUGUGUGUGGCUCUAGUGCUGGUGUCUGCGAUCUGCGUUUUUAAAGUGCUGCAAAAGAAGAAGAGCAAAGAGAACGGGUACGACGCUGCAGAUCUUCCACAAACAGGUUGCUGGAAGCAGGUGAAACCUCCGUCUGCCAGGCAGCAGUCCACAGAGUUCACCUUCAGCUACAGCUCAGAGAAAGAGCAUCUUCCUAAAAUGGACCUUGUCACCAGCGACAUGGCAGACUACCAGCAGCCGCUGAUGCUCGGCGUAGGGACGGUAUCCAGGAAAGGCUCCACCUUCCGGCCCAUAGACACGGACAAUCCUAAGGAAAAUCUCGGCGAGGCCACUUCUCAUUACGACUACCUGCACACGGCCAAUCAGUACGCCCUCCCCCUGACCAACCAGGAGCCGGAGUAUGCCACGCCCAUCAUCGAGCGCCACACCUUCCGCAAGGACGUGUUUCCGGACCCAAGCUACAGCGUCCCCGGGGUCGUGCUCAGCAAAAGCUCCUCAUUUAAAGCCGCAGACAACGGCAACUACAGAAAGGUGGUGGGAGAAAACCAGUCUGGGGGAUACCAGACACCCCAGGUCAAAAGGGACCGACUGAACCAUUCAGAUGGAGCCAAACCUGGCAGGUCGAACCAUUCUGAGGGGGUUUACGACAGCCCUAAGGGCAGGAAUCCUGCAGUUCUGCAGAACGGAGGCUGUUCGGAAUAUCAGAGACCUCAGGCAAAGGGGUUUUUAGCAACCCGUGACUGCAGGAUCAAUGCUUCCAUCCCACACAGACCCGACCCUGAGGGCAGCAGCCUGAGUGGAACCUGAAAAAAAAAUAAACAUCUCCGGGACCUUCUUAUAACUUAUUUUUUUAUACCAGGGAGUGAUUUUUUUUUUGCAUACCCGUGCUGAAAAAGAUGGCCGUCUCGAUGUGCGAGAGGAAACGUCGAUGCUGUGUGUGUGUGUGUGUGUGUGUGUGUGUGUGUGUGUGUGUGUGUGUGUGUGUGUGUGUGUGUGUGUGUGUUUUAAACUGCUGUGCAAAUUGAAUAUAUUUUGUCUUAAGAGUUUUAUCAGUUUUAUUUUUUUUUUGGAACAGGGUUCUCUUUCUUUCUGCCAUGCAAUCAUGUAUAUUCAGCAUUUCAGAACGAAUGACAGAACGUCGUCUUUUCUUUUUUUUUUUUUUUUUUUUUUAACGCCACUGAUGGUGUUUUAUCUACAGAAGCCCUAAAAUUUUUUCUUUUUUGUUUUCUCUCGACAUAAAAGUUGCUUACUUGUGAUCGUGACUUUAUUUUCUCGUGAUUUCGACAUAAAUGUUGUUUCCUGGUGAUCAGUAUUGAAUUUUUCGGUGUAUUCGGCAUAAAAGCGUGUUCUAAAGGCAUGGACUAUAGCAUAACCAUUUGUGGAGAACAUGUGGAGAAAAUGAAUACGUGAUCACAAGAAAACGGCUUUCAUGUCGAGAUCAAGGGAAAAUUGUGAUCACGAGAAAACGGACUACAAAAAUUUGAACAUCUAGUUUUCUGAGGGUGACGUCAUUUUUUUUUUUUUUUGUUUGUUUGGUUUUUUUUCUUCCUUUGAUUCGCCGAACUGCUCCAAACAGGACUGGUUUCCUCUUUUCCAAGGACACACUUCCUCUGUUUCUCUGAGCCAUAUGCAGUGGUACUGUUGUCAGUGUGACGUUUUGUUUUGUUUUUUUAUCCAGUGUGCAUAUUCCCUAUACAGAUUCAAAAAUGUAUAUUGUGAAGAGAAGACGAAAAGACGGGCGUGGCGUAUUCGAAGCCGCAAAGCUCCGCCUGGGCGUGUGCUGCUGCUGCUGCAUUAAAGAGACUUUAAAGAGA